AUGGCCUGGUGGCAUCCGGCCGUUGGCAGCGCAGCGCUGGCGACCGGCCUGGUGCUGUGGCAGGUGCAACGACGGGAAUGGUCCGAGAGCCACACAUGGCGCAGCGCCGUGCAGCAGUACAUGCUGUACACACCGAUGAGGUACCUUGGAGAGCUGCGGCUACGUCAAGUGCUGUAUGAUGCCUCGCGAGCGGAAGCAGUGCAGAAGGACUUGUUGCAGAAGCUGCUGAAGCGACACCAGGAAACAGCUUACGGCGCCCAUGCACAGCUGCGCUCCAUUAAUUCCUGGGAAGCAUACCGUCGAGCGCAGCCAAUUACGCAAUACUCCGACUACACGGCCCACCUGCACCGCAUCCACCGCGGUGAGCCUGACGUGCUGAGCCCCGGGCCUGCGCCGCGGCUGGCCAUGACCUCGGCCACUGCGGGGGAACCAAAGUUUCUGCCGGAGGCGAUGGAUCUGGGGCAGACCUUCCACCGCAGGGGCGGCCUGGUGGCCCUGGCCGUGCUUCAUCGAUAUUUCCCGGAAGCCACGGAGACGCUGCAGAGGAGUUUGAAGUUGGCCUUCAGGGCGCAGAAACUUCAGCUGGAUUCAGGUGUGGUGUUGGGCUGCAAGCGAGCACCGGACAGCCCCAACUUCGAUCGGCUGCUCUGUGCUUAUUCAAGCCCCAAGGCGGCGUACGACAUCAUGCACGAGCCAGAUGCCAUGUACGCGCAUGUGCUAUUUGCCCUGAAAGAUCGAGAUUUGGGGAUGUUGGAAGCAAACUUUGCUUCGAACAUCUGCGACUUUUUUGAUUUUUUGAGGGAUCACAGUGAGAGCCUGGCUUCGGAUUUGGAGCAGGGCCGCAUUUGGUCCACUGAAGCACCGGAGAAGCCUGUCUCCAAGGACCUCCUCGUUGCCCUCAGCCGCGCCCUGACCUCCGACGGCGGCGCCGCCCGGGCCGCCGCGCUGCGGUCCGCGGUGCGCGGCGACGGCGACUUUUCGGCCCGAGAGCUGUGGCCCAAGCUGCGGCUGGUGGUCACGGUGACGGGGGGAAACUUUGAAGCAGCCAGCUGCAGGCUGCGCCGCUUGCUGGGAGAUGUGCCCAUCUACUCACCGUUCUAUGCUGCAACUGAAGGAUUGCUUGGUGUGAACAUUGCUCCGGACCAGGCUGAGGAUUCAUCCAUGCAGGCCACCCCCAGCUAUCUCCUGGACGCUGGCAGCAUGGUCAUGGAACUUCUACCGCUGCAAUGGUCGCAGUGCCCCACCGGAGAAAUCCCGCGAGAGGCUCCGAUUCCGGUGUGGGAUGGGGAUGUCGACCACAGCUACGAGCUCAUCCUCACCACGCGCGGAGGUCUCUGUCGCUAUCGCAUCGGUGACGUGGUGAGGAUCGCUGGGAAGGUGGGGCAAAUGCCCCUGGUGGAACUGCAGGGCCGCGCCGGGAAGUGCUUCAAGCUCUGCGGCAAAGAUCUGCCCGAGUUUCACUUCGUCCGCGCUUUGGCCCGGAGCCCCGUAGCGGCCAAAGUGCGCGGAGCGAUGGUGGUGGAGACGGGUGCGGAUGAGCGGCUGCACAUUUGCAUUGAGGAGGACCUGGGGCAAGUCGUCACCCCCGGCGACCUCAACGACCUGCACGCCCGCCUGGGCGCCGCGGAGCCCUUCCAGCUGCACCGGCUGCAGCGCGGGGCGCUGGAGGCGUUGCGGAGGAGAUGGCUGGAGGAGUGGACGCAGCAGCCACCGAUCAGCUGGAGUCAGGUCAAGAUGCCGGUGGUGUUGAAGGGCCACCUGGCAGAAGAGCUGCUGAAGAUGGACGAGCCGAAGGUCCAAAGCUAG